AACCGCGCAGUAUUUGCUUGUUUUUGUGUCCCAAUAAAUUUUCCUCUUGUCAGAGAGAUAAAGUGGCGGAGUCUUUAAAGUGUUGCAGCGUCCUCAGCCGAGUUUCACACUACUGUCGGCAGCGAGCAUGGAGGGCAACUUUUCCAGCGUGACCUUUUCGUCGGUGAGCCGGCGGAUGGGCGGCGUCGACCUGGCCGUCUUUUCCACCAUGCUGGCCUCGUCGGCCGUGAUCGGCUGCUACUUUGGCCUGUGCGGCGGCCGCCCCAAAGACAGCGCCCAGGAGUACCUGAUGGGCGGCCGCAAAAUGGGAAUGCUGCCCAUUGCGCUCAGCUUGGUCGCCAGCUUCAUUUCCGGCAUCACCGUGCAGGGAGAGCCGGCAGAAAUCUACACUCACGGCACCCAAUACUGGUGUGUCCUGCUCGUGAGCUACUUGGCCAGUUUCGUCGCCGCGAUGUUCUACAUCCCAGUUUUCGUGAAUUUGCAACUCACUUCUUGCUACGAGUAUCUUGAGCUGCGAUUUGAUACCAAAGUGCGAAAAAUGGCAUCUAUUUGUUUCGUUAUCGGGCAGAUUGUUUACAUCCCCGUGGUGAUUUACAUCCCGUCACUUGCCUUCAGCCAAGUUACCGGAAUCGACGUGAACUUUGUGGUGCCGGUUGCUUCCGCGAUUUGCAUCUUUUACACCACAAUUGGCGGCUUGAAAGCAGUGGUGUGGACGGACACGCUGCAGUCUGUGCUGAUGAUGGCCGCGAUGAUCACCGUGUUCGCCAUUGGCCUCGGAAACAUCGGCGGCUGGGACAAGGUUUGGGCAGCCGGCGAACGCGGCCAGAGGCUCGAGUUUUUCAACUUCGACCCGAAUCCGAUGGAGCGCCACACCUUUUGGACCCUGCUGGUCGGCGGCUUCUUCAAUUACCUGUCACCUUUCACGACCAAUCAGGGCAUGGUGCAGAGAUAUUUGGCGGUGCCAGACCUCAAAACCGUUUACAAGUGCAUGGCUUGCUUCGCCACGGGACUCGUUCUGUUCAAGUCGCUGAGCAUCGCGACAGGUCUGCUCCUGUACGCCACCUACGAAGGGUGCGACCCUGUGGCGGCCAACCGAAUCCAGCGCCACGACCAGUUGAUCCCGUUCUUCGUCCUCGACGUCGCUGGACACAUUCCAGGGCUCGGAGGACUCUUUGUUGCUGGCGUUUUCAGCGCCGCUUUGAGCUCCAUGUCGACCGGCCUGAAUGCCCUUUCUGGAGUGCUGGUGGAGGACCUCUUCGAACCCUGGCUCCGCGGCGGGAAUAAGAUACUCUGGCUGAGAACCGCGGCGGCCGUUUGUGGAUUCAUUUGCCUCAUGCUCGUCUUCGUGGUGCAACACUUGGGCGGAGUGCUGCAGGCGGCUCUGAGUUUGUGUGGAGUCACGAUUGGCACUUUGCUCGGCGUUUUCACGCUGGGAAUGUUCUUCCCGAGAGCUUCCAGCAAAGGAGCCUUCGUCGGUUCGAUCGUGUCUCUGCUGAUAACAGGUUUCAUCGCGUUCGGGGCUCAAAUCGCGAUUUUCGCCGGGAAGCUGCGCCACCCCAUUCUGCCCAUUUCGAUCAGUUCCUGCGCCGACAACAGCACCAUUCUCACGGACUUCCACAAAUUGCACAAUCCGCACGACAACAGCGGCGUUUGGCCCAUUUUCCGCAUUUCCUACUGGUACUACACGGUGGUCGGCACCAUGGUCGUCAUCAUCGUCGGCUACCUGGUGAGCGUCCUCGACGAGGACGACUCGCGCCCCAGGCGGCCGGUCAAAAGGAACCUCUUCUCGCCCGCUGUCCAGUACUUUUUGCCUCCGGAUCAAGACGUCCAACCUGUCCCGGAAUCGGAUUUGCUGGUGUCGGAUCCCCUGCCAGACACGAUUGGAAUCACGCUUGUAAAAUAGCCGCCAUUGGAAAUAAAAAUUUUGGUUUUGGAAAUUGUCUGAACCAGUCUGACCAGUGCGCUUUGGGGAUUUGAAAGUUGGGGUGAUAUUCGUUGUAAUAUUGUUCAACUUAGAGGGCGUUAUUUAACAUCUGUUUGGUCGCGGUGCAUUUUUAGGACAAUAAAUAUAAAUCAUGAUGACGAUUUUGCAUUAAAGA